AUGUCAUUAGCACAUCACUGUCUGUGUGGACUGGGAACUGAGGGAAGGAGCGCACUGGAAAUGCACUUUACUAUUGCGCAAGUGGUCUGCGAAUUAGGAAACUCUAAGAGGGAAGCAUUAAAGCGUGACUGGAUGAUACUGAUUAAAUUAGAUCAGAGGUACCGGAUGAGAGUUUGGUAGAAAACGUUGGGCUCCGUGUCGGAGUGCUGCACUAAUGAUUUGAAACAGUUUGUUGCCCUCCAGUUGCUCUGGUCUCUGUAAGUGGGCAGUUGGACGGCCUUUGUCCGAGUUAAGAGAGUUUCACCAUCCUGAGCUGAGGAAUACUAAACAUGACUGUGGCCAAUGCAGAGUCUGGCAAAGCCAUGCAGCAGGUACUGGACAACCUAAAAGACCUGCCAUCAGGCUCAGGGGCCAAAGACAUUGACCUCAUCUUCCUCAGAGGCAUCAUGGAGAGCCCCAUUGUUCGCUCCCUUGCAAAGGCCCAUGAGCGUCUGGAAGAAGUGAAGUUAAAAGCUGUGCGGGAUGAUAAUGUCCAGCUGGUCACAGAGAUCCUGGAUUCCCUCAACAACCUGCCAGAAAAAGAUGCUGCAGCUGCUGAGCUUGUGAAAAUCCUUCAGGAACCUCACUUUAAGUCUUUGAUAGAGGCUCAUGACAAAGUCGCUGCAAAGUGCUACGAAAUGCCCCACGCAGCGGUGAACAGCAACGCUUUGUUGAAGAGUUCACUCAUGCCAGCUGAUGCUGUCAGGAUGAUUGGCAUCCAGAAGAAAGCUGGGGAUCCACUGGGGGUGACGUUCCGUGUGGAGCGGGGAGAGAUGGUGAUCGCACGGAUCCUGCACGGCAGCUCAAUUGACAGGCAGGGAAUGCUGCACACAGGGGACAUAAUCCGCGAGGUGAACGGUCACGAGGUCGGUCAGAACCCCCAUGACCUCCAGGAGCUGUUGGGGGACUGCAGUGGGAGCAUCACGCUCAAGGUCCUGCCCAGCUACAGAGACACGCCGGCACCUCCACAGGUUUAUCUGAAGCCCCACUUCAACUAUAAUCCGGCCACAGACAACCUGAUCCCGUGUAAAGAGGCAGGGCUGGCCUUUUCCAAGGGAGACAUCCUUCAGGUGGUCAACAAGGAGGACCCCAACUGGUGGCAGGCACGCAAAGUUGUUGGUGGAGUAACUGGUCUCAUCCCCAGUCAGUUCUUAGAGGAGAAGAGGAAAGCUUUUGUGAGAAGAGACUGGGAUACUUCUGGUACAGGGAUGCUCUGUGGAACUGCAAAGAAAAAGAAGAAGAAAAUGAUGUACCUCACUUCGAAGAAUGCAGAAUUUGACCGUUAUGAGCUGCAGAUCUACGAGGAAGUUGCCAAGAUGCCGCCGUUUCAGAGGAAAACGCUUGUUCUGAUCGGAGCCCAGGGAGUUGGGAGGCGGAGCCUGAAGAACAGACUCAUUGUCAUGAACCCUUUGCGAUAUGGAACCACUGUACCCUUCACAUCACGCUGUCCGAGGGAAGAGGAGAUGAACGGCCAGAACUACUGCUUUGUGAUGCGGGAGGAGAUGGAGAAGGACAUCAAAGAGAGCCGUUACCUAGAGAAUGGCGAGUACGAUGCCAACCUUUAUGGCACCAAGAUCGACUCUAUCCAUGAAGUGGUGGAUGCAGGCCGUACCUGCAUCCUGGACAUCAACCCUCAGGCCCUGAAAGUGUUGAAGACGGCUGAGUUUAUGCCAUUUGUGGUGUUUAUUGCUGCUCCUGAACUGGACACACUAAGAGCUAUGCACAAAGCUGUGAUAGAUGCUGGACUUACUACCAAACUACUCACGGAGGUCGAUUUGAAAAAGACUGUGGACGAGAGCGCGAGGAUCCGCCGGGCAUACAGCCACUACUUUGACCUGACUAUUGUCAAUGACAAUCUGGACAAGGCCUUUGACAAACUACAGGAUGUGGUAGAGCGAUUAUUCAUCGAGCCGCAGUGGGUUCCAGUCAGCUGGGUGUACUGAUGUUUUACACCGUACUGGACAGACUCGGCUGUCCGAGCUGCCAGGCUUGGAUUGAAAGGGGACACCUGAAGGAACGUGGGAUUAAACACUGUACUGCACACACGGACAGUGUUGGACAUCAGACCUGUGUGAAUAUGGGUCUCGCACAAAGCUGCAUCAAGAGUCACCUUGAUCUGAAUUGCCAGAUUCCUUUUCUAGCACACUAUGCAACUCAAAACACACAGGAAGUGUACUUAUUUAUUGGCAAAAUACUUUUUAAAGAAUCCUUCCUUAAAUGUGGAUCGUAAGAGGAAUACUGGCCCUCGUGUCAGGAUGUUUUUAAAAGCAAAUAAGAUAUUUGUCAUGUCCUGUUUUAAUUUUACAUCUGUAUGUAAGACAACGUAUUUAUUCUGCAAAAAUGAGGAGAGCUUGCUCAUUGAAAAAUAACGAUACCUCAGUGUUCCAGUUUACAGUGCAAAUGUCUCCAGUACUUCAUCUCAUUCACGUAGAAUAGUGUCAUAUUUGAGAACGUUUUGCUCCUCAAGGCUACAUUUACGCUUUGUGGUCUUACAUUGAAAUGUCAUGCCAGUCACUGUUUGAUGUUGUACAGAAGGAAAGUAAUUCUGUAGUGUAAACCCACUGUUUCUCUUUCACUCAAGCACAACAAAUUACAUUAAUUAUGUUGUUAUGACAUUUGGAUCACGUAAAUAUUUCUAAUUGUUCGACCUGUUAUGGUGCUGUUUUUGUUUGAAAGAUAAACUUUCCACAGGACUCUUGAACAGAGUACUGCAACUCAGAGAACCAUCCCUUUUGAUGUGAUAUUACUAAAACUUAACCGUUUUAAAUAAAGUUCAUAUUUACUUAUAAAAAGGUAUAUUUUACAAGAAUAAAAAAAAUAAAUGUAUUUUCAGAUGUCAAAUAAAUAACUGGUGUUUUCUAA